CUUACAGGAAGAAGAAUCGAAAGCUGUGUUUGUUGUUUCAUCUGUUGAAUGUCUGCUCUGCCACAUCAUUCAGCGCCGGGUCUGGAAAACACCUAAAAGUUACCUGUUUACAGCCGAAGCUGUGUAAACGCAGCCAUGACACUUUCAUUGUAGCAGGAGAAAGACCGGAAGGUCGGGAGUUGUUCUUUAUGUGCUGCAGGUAGCAGAAGAGCGGUGAGAUGGCCAUCGCCCACGUGGCUACAGAGUACGUGUUCAGCGACUUUCUGCUGAAGGACCAGAGCCAGGCUCGAUACCGCAGCGUCCGAACUGAGCUGGCUGUGGACAAGAUAGUGACAUGUGUGGCAGUGGGCCUGCCGCUGCUCCUCAUCUCUCUGGCCUUCGCUCAAGAAGUUUCAGUUGGUGCUCAGAUCAGCUGUUUUGCGCCUUCUAACUUCUCCUGGAGGCAGGCGGCCUAUGUGGACUCAUACUGCUGGGCAGCCGUACAUACACACACUCUACCUCUGUGGCUGCACAAGUUCUUUCCCUACAUUUUGUUGCUGGUGGCGGUGAUGAUGUACACCCCCGCGUUGUUCUGGAGAUUUUCUGCGGCGCCCCUCAUGCAGUCGGACCUCAGCUUCAUCAUGGAGGAGUUGGACCGGUGUUACAACCGUGCUGUCACUCUGGCCAAACGCAUGGCCACCUCAGGACUGCCCACCUCUGACAGCGACCCGACCGAGGGCUGUUUCAAUUACCCGCUGGUGGAGAAGUUUCUGAUGACUAAGCGUUGCUCGCGGGUGCUGCUGUUUUACUACCUGCUGUGUCGCGGCCUCACUCUGAUCACCCUGGUGUGUGCCUGCGUCUACUUGGGCUACUACCUCCGCCUGGCCUCUGUCACAGACGAGUUUGGCUGCUCGCUGCGUGUCGGCCUGCUCGCCUCCGACCCGAGCGUCCCCGACAAGGUGCAGUGCAAGCUCAUCGCUGUGGGAGUCUUCUCUCUGCUGAGCCUUGUGAACUUGGUCGUGUUCAUCUCACUGGUUCCUGUGGUGAUCUACGCCAGCCUCCGUCCCCUCUUGUGCCAUGGAUACGCCCACUUCCUGGAAACCUACCAAUCACUGCCCACCGUGGGUGUCCUGCCCUCCCCCGCCGGCAAAUGGGAUGAUCUCUCUCUGUAUCUGCUCUUCCUGGAGGAGAACGUCAGCGAACUGAAGUCCUACAAAUACAUCAAGGUGUUGGAGUGGUUGAGGAAACGAGGCGACUGCUCCGGAGAAAACUUUGACGCCAUAGGUCUGCUGCAGACUCUCUGUCUGGUGAAGAUGGACAGUGUUGACGGGAAUAAACUUGCCGGUGCCGCAGGGAAACAAGAUCAAGUAAAAACGAAUGCAGCUGACUCGGCCGGCAGCCCCACGGUGACCAACGCUGGAGCAAAUAACAGCUGCAACCGUCCAAACUCAGCAGCUGAUAACGGCAGCAAGAUGGAGACCGAGAUGAAAGAGCUCACUCCCUUGCUGCCAGGAAACAGCGACACGACAGAAGGUAAAAAUAGCGAAGGAGGGACUGUCCGGCAGCGGGCAAUGUGAUUGGCUCCUGGCACGCCUAUGGAGACCUGGACAGAGCAGUUAUUGUGUGUGUGUGUGUGUGUGUGUGUGGGGGGGGGGAUAACUUCACUACACCCACAACUCAUGACCUUCCUGUCCUGAUGGAGGGAUAAAAGGUGUAGCACCAUCGCGGGUGUCAUCAAAGUUCAAACUUCUCUGCAUCGACGUGGGAUUCACAAAUUAAAGGUUGUUGAUGCCGUACUUUGAAUUAUAUCACUGGAAGGUGUCUGUAGAGUAAAAGUCCUGCUGGUACAGAUUUCAGUAAAUGAUUGAAUUGGUUGAACCAUUAAAGUCGAAUCUAAAUUUAGGUUCUGCCCAGUGACUUCUGGGAAAUUAUGUCAUUAGACUACCUAAAGAAAAGUUGUGAGUGUCGGCAUGUGAUACAUAUUUACAUCUUUAUGCCAUUAUCAGUCAUGAUUGAUUAUCUGUGACUAUUUAAAGUAAAAGCAGUACAGAGUAUGCAGUAGGUGUUGUUGCAGUACAAGAAGUUGUUUACUGCCUAAACCAGUGGGAUAUUUAAGGUUUGGGUGCCGCGGGAGGUUAGAGCUUAACAGGUUUUCUUUUAGUCCACCCCUCAUUUAAAAAGCAUCCACCGUAGAUUACGACCGCUUCAACUUUAAAUUUAAAUUAGAGGAUGAAAUUGUCAAAAUUGCAGCUGUGGUUUUCAUUAAAGCUGCUGUAGGUAAUUUAUAUGAAAAUAAUUAGUUGACAUUUUUGCUGAAACUUUCACUUUAUCCUGACAGAAGUACAUGAGAGAAAAAUCUGGUUCCUCUGGUUCCUCUGAAUGCAAGAAUCCACCGGGUAAAUGAACGAAAACAACCAAUCAGAGCAGAGAAAGACUGUUGAUUGUUGAGUCAGCCCCGUGGAUUCUUCAAAUGCCAUUAGGAGCUUUAGAUCGAGCCAGAGGAACCUGAUAGUGAACAUUUCAGCCAUAAUGACAAAAAGUUAUUCUUAUAAAAGUGAGCUUUAAAGAGGAGGAGAGGUUUUUAUUUGCACUGUCAUUGUGGGAGAAUGUAACUUUUAUGAGAUUGUCAAUCACAUUUCAAGACAACUUCAAGGUUGUAAAGGCGAAUACUACUCAAUGAGGAGUUAAUUCUUCAUUAUUCUCUUGUUUUUUUAGUCUAGGAAGUGAUUUGACAGGGCAGCUAAAACAUUAACCUAUUGGUCAAAGAUGUCACAGCACAGUUUUAGGUGUUAAACUCUGGUCUUUUUCAGUGGAGGGUUCUCAGUUGUUGCAGCCAUUGAUGGGAUUAUACAGAAAAUAUGUGAAUUCCUAAAUUGUUUUGGCAUUCGCCCGUAAGACCUGGAUGUGUCUCAUUCAUGUGGACUGGAGAGUUCUUUCAUGUGUUCAUUUAUAGGUUUUACACAUCAGGUUGCAGCCAACAGUUCAGUACAACAGUCGUUCAUUUAAAGCAGUGGUUCUCAAAUGGGGGUACGCGUAACCCUGGGGGCACGUGAAGGCACUCCAGAGGGUAUGUGAGACUUUAAAAUAUACAUAUAUUUUAAAAAGUAGCAUCCAUGCAAAAAUCCUUUAAAAAUAAUUAUUUAAGUUCAUAAAAUGAAUUUUAUAUUAUUAAGUAUUUGCAAUAAAUUUAGUCAUGGAUAAUUAACAUUUAAAAUGUUUGAAAUAGUUUUUCGUUCAAAUGUUUGAAUUUUGUAUGUGUUUAUCAGCUCCAAAGUUUAAUAAAUCAGACACUGAUGGCACAGUGCUCUGUUUUUUAAGUUUUUUUUUUCAACCAAAAAUGCUUUGCGCUGGUGAGGGGGUACUUGGCUGAAAAAAUAUUUCACAGGGGUUACAUCACUGAAAAAAGGUUGAGAACCACUGAUUUAAAGGACCAGUGUGUAGGAAUUACAGAUUACCUCCCCUUCCAAGGAGGAGAAACAUACACUGGCCAGGAAACUGGGAAGAGCCUCUCUAUAGCCAUUAUUAAGGUAACAAAACCACGAUUCUUAUUGUCAGGUGAUUGUACACCAAUGGAAACAUACCUAUGGAUAUUAUAAUCCUGAAUCUUACACACUGGACCUUUUUUUUAUGACAUCUGUCUAUUUUUCAACAAAAACGGUACAAGGCGUUCACUGCUUAAUGUUUAAUAAAUGCAUAAUUUCUCCAAAAUGUCAGUAAUUUAUAGUUUGUAUAAAGGUUUUUUCAGAUGUUUGGAUGUCUCCGCCUGGAAUUAAACGUGCUAUGCUUGCUUGGGAAUCUCAGGGAUAAAAUCAUCUCACUACAUUAUUGAUUAUCAGUGUUUACUUCAGACCUGCCACUGCCUGUAUGUGUAAUGCACUGAGUUGAACAUUUGAAUUUAUUGUCAUGGAACUGCUGUGGUAAAAUCUCUGUACUCUACUUUAGUGUUGUGUGAAGUUUUCUGCUGCUGUGCAUGUGAUGACUAAAUGUUAUUGGUGCCCCAUUUCUGUGCAAUGAGGAACUUUUAUCAACGUAAAGUUUGGAAAACAAACAGCUUGUUGUCUUGUUGUGAUAAGAACAAACGUUUCUAGUGUUUUUUAAAUUUCUCAACUGACAUUUUGAUGCUUAAAACUGCCAUUUAUCAUGUUUUUGAUAUGUUGUUGUUAAUUAUUUCCCAAAAAUAAAUGUAGUAAACAUUA